GUGAACCUUUUCAAAAAAUGAAGGAUAGAUUGCUAAAGAAAUUAGGAGUACAGGAAAAAGAAUUCGAAAAGUUUAAGUUCGCGGUGGUGUCAAUGGGCAAGCCACAGUUCAUUAUCGACUCGCCGGACUGUUGUAUCAAAGUCGACGAUUUCCUUCCUAGAUUUUCCGGUCAGAUCUAUCCACUUUUAAACGCAGGCACAUCGCCACACAGGCCUUGGCUUGGCCUGGAACAUGUCAACAAAGCGCCAAAGCGCUCUCGUAUCAACUACCUCGAAAAGGCCAUUAAGAUUUACAAUUAAAUUUCCACCACACGAAGAAGAAAUUAAAUUAGGCAGCCACUUAUAAUAAUUUAUAUACGACUCUGUAUAGUAAGAGAAUGACGUCUGAUAUACUAAAGGUUGGAAAAUGCUUUUAUGUAUUCGUUUCUUCAGCCAGAUUAAAACUAUGCAAUUUUAAUACUGCGAGAACGAUAUCGGAAGGUAAAUCCAAGCUUUGUAUACGAUGAAUUAUAAGAUUGUCGUGAAAUGUGCAGUGCUAUUUUAUGCAUCAUGGAAGAGCGAUAAAAUAGUUCCUCGAUUCGAAUUUGUAAAAGUUUUAUUGGCCCGAUGCUUACUUUGGCGUCACUCAGUACGGAUUUUCGCCUAGACUUCGAGAAUGUUUGAUUAUAAAAUGCACAUACAUUGUACCUAAUAUUAUUGUGUCUCUGAUAAUUCUCUCUAAUAAACUAUUUCUUUCUUUUUUUUUAUUUUAUUUUAUUAGGAAAACGUGACUUUUGUGUGAGAAAUAUACCGGCUUUUAUCCUAUCACGUAAAAUCUGUAUAUAAUUGUUACAUCCCAAGAGGUACCAUAUUAUGUUCUGCAUGAUGUAACAUUUAACACUCGUAACGUAUUAUUGGUAUCGAGAAAGAUUGCCUACACACUCCCCUUUUAUGCUGUGUCUGUAUUCAGAAUAUUCAAAAUGUGGAGCUUGCCAUUAAUAUUGUGCUAGAAAAAAGAGCGAUGUCACAUUUUUAAUUUACCCGAAGAUUUUGUGACGCAAAGUAUAUCGUCUCAUAAAAAUUCUAACAUUUAAGACAAAUCUAUUCCAUUGAUUCGAAAUAUAAUUCAAGAAUUUCCUUCUCUUUUGUAUUUUCUUCGUAUUUUCGAACAAAAUCUAGAAAACUAUUUUAUUUUAUGUCGCGUUAUAAGAAUAUAAGAGGAUAGAAAGUGCGUAAGCUAAAUUUCUAAGUUGCCUUUCCUGGAAUAUUAUUCUUCUUAGAGCAUAUUUUUUGUGAGUUUUAUCUUGUAUAUUUUUUACUAUAUAAUGCCAGUACGUAAAAUGCAAAUAUAAAAGGGUAUAUAGAUAUCUAAAACAAGAAAUUGACGAAACGAGCAAUGCUUAAUCUAGACAAAGAAAUUCUCGGUGAGAUGCAAACGCUAGUUUAAGCAAAUCGCAUAUAAUAACGUAUUCGUUUUUUUCUUUUUUUUUUU